AUGGCCAACAGCCUCCAGCUGAUCACAGCAGCCCCAGCGCCUCCCCUCUCAGCAUCACUUACGCCCCUCGUGGCCAGGCGGCUCCUCCCCACACCCUCCCCCACUACAUCCCCCCAUACACCCUCCCCCACCCACCACCUGCUGGCGCUCCGCUCUGGGCCCUGCAAGCCGGGCGCCCCACAAUGCGUAGAGAUCAGACUGCCUCUCUCACAUCCCCACACCGGGGAGUCCUCCCCCGAGCACCCCCAGAGCCAGGGGCUCUCGCCUCUCGCACCCCAGACGCAGAGCCCACCCCUCUUGCCCCCGCCCACCCGGGAGCCGGUGCCCCCUUCCUGCCACGAGCGUCCUCCCCCCCACCCCACCCCCCGCCCCGGCGGGAGCUCCCCCAACGCCUACCGCACCCGCGCCCAGGAGUCCUCCCCACCGACCUGCGCCUCAGCCAGGAGUAGCUCCGCCUUCCUCCCGCCACACGCAGCAGCCGUUAGCCCUCGCCUCGUGUCUCGGCCCGGGGAGGGGGCCCGAGAGUCCUCCCCACCGAUCCGCGCCUGCGCCAGGAGUAGCUCCGCCUUCCUCCCGCCACACGCAGCAGCGGUUAGCCCUCGCCUCGCGUCUCGGCCCGGGGAGGGGGAGUGGCCCGCCCGUCGCGUCCUCCCCACCCCCGCAGCCAGUCGUCCUCUCCUCUGGCCCCCAAAGCUGGCUCCACCCGCCCAGCAGGAAGCCCUCCGCUCAGGGCCCCCCCCACGCUUAGCCAUUACCCCACCCUCUGCACCCCGACUCCAGAACGACCCCACCAGCCACCCCGGCAGCCAGAGGUCCUCCCCUCAGACCCGCACACUGGGGGACCCUUUCCCCAGCCCCCCUUCAGCCCGCUGCCCUCCGCCGCCCCUCCCCCACUCCCCAUCGAGCAGCCCGUACCCCUCCCCCCACCCCCACUCCUUCCCAGCGCCCCCGGUACCUGCGGAGUCCAGCCCCCGGCAAAGCCCCCGCCUGUCUCCUGACUUUCUCUGA